AUGCAAUUCUCUACCCUCUUCGUCACCAUCGCGGUCCUCGCUGUCACUGCCAUCGCGAGCCCUGUUGCAAAUCCUAGCAAAAUAAAAUCUAGGCGCGAUACCGCCCCUGACUCCGACAACCACAAACAUGCACAGAUGAUGCGGCUUCGCGAGGAGCUGGAAACGUGCGCCAUGAAGAUCGCACAGCUCCAAGCGCGCCUCAUUGCAACGCUAGACGAACUCGACACCCAGCGCGAUGCACAUUUACGCGAGAUAAACGCGGAGCGUAACGCGAAAGAGAAGCUUAGCCGAAAGCUGGACGGAUACCUGGAUGAGGUCACGCGCGCGGAGAGGGAGCGGGACGACAUGCGCGAGCUCGUCUCCAUACUCGUCGAGAAAGUGGAAAGUUGCAACAACCUAUCUGUAUGGCCAUGCGGGCGGAUAAAUCUACCACAUCCAGUUAGCUCCCUCGCAGCGGCGCGCACACAGAACCCUGCUGCAGAGGACUACGACGCAGUCCACGCUGCGGUCGUCGACCUGUUACGCAAACGGCUCGUUGAGGAGCAAGGGGCUCAUGCUCGCACGAAGCAGCAGACAGAUGCUGAGAUCCUUCGGCUUAGGGCAAUGAUAGCUCGAAGAGAUGCAGAACUGGAGGCCUGCGCAACGCACGACGCACACCAUGUGCUUCUCUCUUCUUCGGCACCGAAUGACACUUUGCCCUCCCGGGUGUGCACGCGGCCGAACUGCGUCAACGGACGGGCAGCCCAUGCCAGUGGUUCAGGGCUGUCGUGCCAUCACCAUGCGGCAGUCUUGGGUGGCGAAACUGCGGAAGCGGACAAUAUCCUAGCCCGAGCAACGUCACGUAACCGCGUGCUUGAGCGGGAAGUAGAGAUACUCAGACAGAGUGUACACCAGGUACAGCAUUCACAGUCUUCGGACGCGAAAAGGCGGCAUGCCCAAGGCCGUCACCAACACGCUCCUGAGAAGCCCCUCGUUUCCGUCCAAGUCCAAACCGCCGACCCGGUCCUUGGCAGCGAGGCUCAAUACACGCUUCCGCCAAGCCCGGGUCUUCUCCCGCAUACGAUGUCGCGUUCCCCGUCCCCAUACGCUCUGGGUUCACGGCAUCCCCUUACUCCAGCUCCGGCACCCUUGCCGUCGCAAGCUACUCCGUUCGUUCAAGAACGAGGGGUUCCUACUCCAGGAGCUAGUAUCAAACAUCUCAUGAGAGACAUUGAUGUCCUUGCUUUGAAUAUCGACGACUUCGUGGUAGAGCGGGCCGCGGUCAAGGCCAUGCUUGCGCGCGAGCUGCCCAAGACGCUUUCGACCCCGUCGCACACCCCAAGCGAGAGCGUACCAGCCCUUAACCCCGUUUCACACGUCGCAGACGAAUGUGCCAGGAGGCUCAUAACUGAUGUCACGGUCAAACCCGUCAGAGAGCGACAGGAGCUGCGCGAGCAGGUCGAUGCUAUAUCGCGCGAGCGCGCGCGCCGGGAGCACGAGCUCCAGACCGAAAUAGCGUCCCUCCGGAAAGCCCUCGACGACCUCCGCCACGAUCAGACUGCGCGUCCGCCACCACCACAACAACACUCCAGUCAGCCCCAAGCGGAGAGCGUGCUGCUUGAGGGCCUGCUCAAGGCGCCAUCAGCCCUAUCACCCCGCGUCUCCCCCACGCUCGUCCCGGACGACGCGCGCGCGCUCCAGCUGGACAAGGCGCAGGCCGAUGGGCAGCGCGCCCAUGAAUCUCACUGGGACGACGAAGACCGUCAGCGCAUCAACGAGCCCGAGCUAUCCAGGGAGGCACCUGAGUUCGGCGAGCAGUCCAUUGAGUUCGGCGAGCAGUCCAUUGAGUUCGGCGAGCAGUCCAUUGAGUUCGGCGAGCAGUCCAUGGAAAUCGCGACCCCUCUGCAAACGAACACCAUCCUCUCGCUUCGCGAGGACGACUGGCCGAUACCCCCGAGUGACUUCCCGGUGCGCGCGUCCGCCGACGCCGACGUCGACCCAGCAGGAAUCCCACUUCCCACGUCCCCGGAUAUCGAGGGCGACCCGGCACCGCCGCCCCGCGCGCCCUCGCCGCUGUUGGCCUUUGCCUCAUCUCCGCCGCCCCCGUCCUCGCCCUCGCCUCCUCCGCUCUAUAUCGCUGCCCCACACGUACCUUUGGACCUCCUCGCGCGCAUCGAGAGCGCGGCGCAGGAGCGCGUCGCGUCCAUCGAGCGCGAGAUCGCCGCGACCCAUCGCGAGCUCGAGGACCGGGAGGCGGCGCUCGCGAGCGUCCGCGCGCGCCUGCCUCCUGAGUAGACAGACGCCCGCGCGUCGGGACGCUGACGCCGUCGCUGUCGUUUUGCAGGAAUGUGCAGAUGCACUUCCCGCCUGGGACACGGUGCUCGCUGUGCGCCCAGGACAUACUAUUCAAGCGACGCGUCCAUCCCCGCGCGCUACCUCUUGCCGCUAUGACAUACCGCCGCCAUGACAUACCGCCGCGGCCUCGCACGACACCUUGGACAACCCCAGUGACUCAGCUGUCCUCGGCGGCACUCCGCCCGACCUGCUUGCUCAUCGCCGCACGUCAUCUCUUCGGUUGCCCGUCCGAGGGGGGCACGGCGCGUCGAAAAGAGGGUCGUGCUGCGAGCGCACAGCUUGUGGGCAGGACGCCAAUACGCCCGGGGGCUGUCCUCGCCCGCCGCUGCCCGUGCUGUGUCUUCUGAUGGCGCUGAGGGAGCCUGGGACGCGCGCGGGGCGCGGUGCUCAUCGUCAAGGGUCCUUCUACGGGGACGCUCCGCCGACUGGGUGGCGCCGCAGGCGCCAUCGAGUCGGGCUCGGACAAUGUUGGUUACUUACUAAAUUACUUAUGGGCGGAUCAGCCCUCAUUAUUUCUCUCGCGCUCCCAUGGGCACUGUUGUACGCAUCGAUCUCGCGACGGUCAUAUUUGGGUAGAGUUCGACAUCUAUAGCGCGCCGCCAGGCCUGUACAUUGCUUCUUAUUAAUCACGCCUCGCAGAACGCUUUCGGACUGCUGUUUUCCUCUCGCGCUGUCUCGGCCGUGCUCGUCCGCCGUGUUCUGUACGAUCAUUU